GAAUUUUAAGAGUGUUCAGCAUUUUUAUCGCUGGUGGUCGUGAAACUAAAAUCGUGAGAAAAAGUUUGUUUUUUCAAUAGAAAUCAUCCAAAAAAUUCCCCAAAACAAGUGAAAAUCGAAUUAGGAAGUCUUUCAACUGUUUGUGCUCCGUUUGUGCCGGUAUGAAUCUGAACGAGGUCGUCUACGUGGGCAACGUUCCGAAGCAGGCGACCGACGGCGAGCUGGCGGCGUUCUUCAAAGAUGUCGGCCGGGUAAUCAAGAUUUCGUUUAUGCGGGAGAACCGCAACGACUGCCGCACCAAGAUCGGGUUCGUGCUGUUCGAGAACGAAAUGCAAGCGCUCAAGGCGUGCAGCUUCGACCAGACCAUCUUCCAGUGGAACCGGGUGAUCGUGAUGCUGGUCAACGACGAUCGCCACUUCUGGGCGGGCCAUACCGUUAUCGUGCGGAACAUUUCGUCGGACACCAACGAGGAAGAUCUGUUCGAAGCGUUCGGCCGCUACGGCAUGAUAGAAGCCGUCCAGAUUCCGACCUGCAACUUUGCCUACGUGGGUUUCAAGGAGAAAUCGGCCGCUGUGGCUGCCCAGCGUCUAAACAACACCGUCCUGGGCAAAACGAAGAUCUCGGUCCAGGUGGCGCAGCGGAACAUGCGUGUGCGUCUCGAGGAUCUGGAUAGCUUUAAAACGCCGCGGGUCUAUAAUGAACUGAUGGAUGCCAAACUGAAGUAUGACUACAAUCAGGAGUAUGCAGCGGAGCCAUCGACCGGGAUGGUCGGGAUCGGUGGUACGGGCGCAUCUGCCGCAACGUUUGACUACGAUGAUUACGAGGAUGAUGAGGAUAAUCGGAUCUAUGAUCCAACUACGAAUCGUUUUUAUGACAAACCGAAAGACGGAGGAUCGCGUCCAGCAAAGGAAGAGGAACCAGUCUUUGUGGAGGAUAUUAUAGACGACGAAGAGGACGAUGACGACUUGCUCAUUCCGCCACCAAUCCCAUGGACCAGGUCGAAGGACGAUGAAGGGGUGUCCAUUGAUUUGGUGUCGCCGCAACAUUCGCCGAUUUCGGAGCGAAAUUUGUUCGAUGAAGAGGACCCUAUUGAUGAAUCGGAUUUCUCCACGGUGGAGGUGAGGAGGAAGGAAAUCACUUUCGGAAAAUCUGCCGUGGUGUCCGUGUCCAAUAGUGCCGUACGGGUGGAGAACGUCCCACGGGAGGUUUACGAUGAGGACAUCGUCCGUUACUUUGCCAAAUUUGGGUUACUCAACAGCGUGGAGAUUGCGCAGUCCACAAGUUGUCUUUUCAGCAAGAUCUACACCAUUAUCUACCAGCAGCAGUCGGUGGCUGAGAAAGUCCUGCAAUGCUUCAUGAGGAAGUGCGAAUUUUCCGGCGUCGUCUGUACGCUUUUCACCUUCCGCCCGGAGGACGUUAUCCAGGAAGUGCCCGGGAAAUGUGUCCUCGUAGACUACAUCUCCAACAGCACCGUCUACGAGGACGUGGCCGACGCCUUCCGCAAGGUCGGUCAGGUUAUCUAUCUGAAGAAAACGGGUCGCAACACAACGCCCAGUGUUGUGCACUUUCGGAAUCGAAUCUCGAUGGACCAGGCCGGGAAAGUGGUGAACAUCGACGGCGACAAGGUGCGCGUGGUGCCCUUCGGUCAGGACGCCUUCCGAAAGUUUACCGCCGAGAACCGAAAGCUGAAGGACGCCAGUGUGUCUCAUACGAAGAAGCCACUGAAGAACGUCCGCAUGGUGGACAUCGAGAUGAAGGAAGAGCAGGAACGCAACAAGUACAUGAUUCUGAAGACGGUGUACAACCCGAACUAUCGCAACCCGGACCCGAAGAAUCUGACCAAUGAAGUCGUCAUCUACAACUGCCCGGUGCGCACAACGCUCAAGGACCUCCGGCGCCAUUUCAUCAACAUAGCCUUCGUGACGUUCAUGCGCUGGGAGCAGUCCCCGUACGAUACCAACACCUGGAAGGUGUACGCCAGCUUCGGGUCGUUCGUGGACGCCUUCAACGCCGUCCGGUUGAAGGGCCCGCUGCUCAACUAUCCCAUCUUCAAGCACAUGGCCAGCGAACGGCCCAAGUUCGACUCACUCGAAACGGUGGAGGUCGAGUGUCAGCAAGAUGACGUUUCCGUUACGAAGAUGUACAACAGUUUGGUGGGACAUGGAGCGAUAACCUUCGUCGAUAAAGUGGAUCAUAAGCGGUUUUUGGUUAUCUGUCGGGAUGCGAAAACAGCGAAAAAGAUCAUUCAGCUGAAGGUGUUGGCCAAAACUCCCGUGAAGGCAUUGCUGUAUCGAGAUGUAAUGAACCAACAGAAUGCCCAGGACAUGCCAGUUAGUCGUAGUCCACCGCGGACUCGAUCUCCCGAACGCAAAGAGGAGCUUCCUAGACGACGGAAGGAUUCGACGAAGGAUCUUCCGAUUCCAAUGGACGACCUGAUCGCCCUUCAGCGACGUAUCAUGGACGACGGCGGCGAUAGACGUCGUCCUUCAUCGCGGGAAGAUCGACACCGUCGGGAUGACACAAACGAGUGGGAGCGGGACUUCGAUCAUGGCGGUAGACGAUCUCCCGCUCGUAAAAAUCGUGAUCGUAAAAGGCAAAAAUCGGUCGACAUGGAUAUUACUGAUGAUCAGCCGGAUCCGGUCCCUGUACAUCAGCGUUACAGUCCUGAAUUCAUCCACGAAUUCCAAGCUCCAUGUUUUGAUCAUGAGUACAAUGUCAAUUACCAUCGGCAGCCUGAGGAAGCGCUUGUUUACACUAAUCCUCCAGCACCCAACAUGAUGCCGUUGGGAGGACCACCGAGGGAUUUCGUCCAAGGCUGGGCUCCAGGAGGUCCCAUGUACGUUCCACCAGUCAUGGUUCCUCCUCCGGUUACCAGAAGUGUAUUCAUGCCACAACCUCCGGCUCCAGGUACGGGGGGCAUUCUCGGAGGACCCCUUGCAUUACCAGUACCCACCAUAACGAUCCAUCGCAUCGAGCCAGAUCCGACGAUUCAUCCCGUACCACAGCCGGGAGAUCUCCGAAACUAUCUAGCCGAGAAGAGGAACAUCCGGGCGAAGGACUCCUACGACCCUACGGACGAGUUAGGUCAUCAGCUUGAUGAUCUCAACUCGAACCGUCCCGUCUCUCCGAAGGAAAUGGACCGCAUCGAAAAUUACAUUCGCGAAAAGGAACGACAGAUUCAGAAGCGUCUGCAUUUGUUGGAUAAAAAACUUGUCGACGUCGGUGGCCCUUCGAAACGAGCGAGCCGUUCCCGGGAACGCUCCGUCUCGCCAAGUGAUCGCCAAGCGCACAACCGCAUUGAGGAGAUCCGCGUCGAAAGGGUUAACAUUUCUCGCCAACUGGCUCAACUACGCCAGAAUGGAGAUCAAAAGUCUCGAGCAUUCACCGCCCUCUGCGAACGCCAAUCGGCGAUCGACAGGGAGUGUACCGAUAUUCAGCGACAACUGGAGGCGAAAAAGCUAUGGUUGGCCGAGAGAGCUCGAUCGCUGUCCCGCGAACGCCAUGAAAAGGAACUGGCCGCAAAGCCGCCCAAGCAGAAGAGUCUAUCUCGUGACCGGCGCAGCCGAAGCUCUUCGCGUGGUGCAAGGCGCCGUUUUUCGCGUAGCCGGUCCCGCGAAAACCGCGGACGGCACAACCGAUAUCGCCGAAGCCGAUCGCCGUCGCCCGAUCGCUUCCGUCGCCGUCGGUCGUCAUCGAGGGAUCGCACCGGGCGCCGUCGCUCGAGAUCGCUGGACAGGGGACGGCGCUAUAAUCGACCUUCGACGACGAACAUACGCAGUCCGGAAUCUCUGCUGCGUGAUAUGAGACAACUGGGACGGCCGCGGGAGGGAAAGACCGAUCACUGCGUGUUCAUUGGCAACAUUGCCAAAGGAGUGCCAGAGGAGCAACUGAAGUCCACAUUUGCCCGAUACGGCCGGAUGGUGAUGUGCGAUUUCAGCAUGCUGGAGAAAUUCGGCGAGGUGUACAUUGAUUACCACCAGCGGGAGGACGCUUUCCGGGCACUGGAGAUGAAUCGGGUCAAGAUCGCUGGCAAGCGGCUGCGAGUGGCGUUGAAUUGCCGCAAGCCGGCCAAUCGGGACGGAUACAGUGUCAUCGUGGAAAUGUCCGAACCCGUUCCCGAGCGUGAUCUGUACUCGCGCUUCUUCGAGUGUGGGGAAAUAGAGUUCAUCUGGCAUUAUGAAAAUGCCACCAUCGCUACGGUGACCUUCGAGAGGCCGGAAUCGACACUGAAAGCUUUGAAUAUCCGGGAGUUGCACAAUCGCAUUCCAAUAAUCGUCAGGGAGUACGUCGAGAGCGAACGCUGAGGGAGCGUUACAUUUUAGAUUUUAGGUUUGUUUGCAUGCGUUAAGUAUUGUAUGUAUUACACGUUACCAGGCGAAGGUAACGUUUCAGCACAGGUUCACCUGGAGCCAUGAUCAAGUAAGUAUCCUUUUGUAACAUUCUCUACGAGGAGCUGAAGGUAGUUUUGAAUUUUGAAACAAAUUGAAUAGUUGUGAUGAACAACAAUGUUUAUUUUCGCAUUGUGCGUACUCCUCGGAAGAGCUACAAUGCAUAAAUAGCCGCCAUGAAUAAACUACUUGAAUAGGUA